AUGGAUCCUUUGCCUUCAGUUAGUCGUGUGUUCUCUCUUGUGAUUCAAGAAGAGAAACAGAGGAUGGUCAAUGCUAUCCCUACUAAUAAUACUGAAACCCUAGCUUAUGCUAUCCAUGAUUCUAAUGGUUCCAAGUCUAAGAAUGGAAAGAAAGAUAGAACUAUGUGUUCUCAUUGUGGUGUAGUUGGUCAUAUCAAAGACAAGUGCUUCAAGCUUCAUGGUUAUUCACCUGGAUACAAAAAGGCCAAAUCGACUGCUACUUCCAAUUCUGCAGCAAAUGCAGUUAACCCAGACAAUAUUGAAGAUGGCAUGCCAUUAAACACAAAACAAUAUGAACAACUCAUUGCUUACACCCAAGGCCAGAUGGACAAUCUGAAGGAGAAAGUGAUUGGCACGAGUGAAUAUACUCAUGGACUUUACUUCCUCAAAAUUGAAUCGGAAUGUACCUCUGUUGCUCUUGAUUUCUGUUCUAAUAAGAGUAUGUCAACUAUACCAUCAUGUAAUUCUGUUAGUAAUGUUUUUGUUUCCACUUGGCAUGCUAGAUUAGGCCACUUAUCUGAUCAAGUGUUACAAAUGAUUCACAAUAACGUUCCUGAUUUAGUUCCUCUAAAUGCUUCACAUCAUGAUUUUUGUAAGAUUUGCCCCCUUCCUAAAUUUCAUCAUUUACCCUUUACUUCUAAUAACAAUCAUAGUGCCUUACCCUUUGAUUUAAUUCAUUGUGAUGUGUGGGGUCCUUUUAGUAAAUCCAUCUAUGAUGGUCAUAACUAUUUUCUGACCAAUGUUGAUGACAACACAAGAUACGAAUGGAUACACUUAAUGAAACAUAAGUCUAAGGAAACUAUGUUAUUUAAGCUAUUUUUUAAGUUUAUCAAAACUCAGUUUAACACUUCUAUAAAGGAAACUCGCAGUGAUAAUGCAAAAGAAUUACAGUUGACUGAUUUCUUGCAAACUGAAGGGGCAAUACAUCACUUUUCAUGUCCUCACAGGCCUCAAUAG